AUGGAAACAAAAAAUAUCGACGUGAAGCCUUUGAACAAUAAAAUUUUAAAUCACGGUGAUAACUUACGAAAGGUAACGGCUAAAGUUGCCAAAGAUAUAAUUGUACCAGAUAGAGGAGACUCAAUCAAAAUCGGUACAGCUUUUAAGAAGACUAGUGACGUUAAAAAUGAUGCUAACAAAAGGAAUGAAGUAAAGAAACUUACAGAGAAACAUAAAAAUAUCAUUUCAUCCAAAGCAGAUGAUAAAAUUAAACUGGAAUAUAAAAUCAAUCAUAAAGAUACCAAACACGAUGAUCAGAAGAAAAGUGGAGAAGUAACUACGAGUGUUAAAAAUAAUUAUAAAACAAAUCAAAAAGUACCUUUAAUAAAAACAAUAUCAACUAAGAACGACACAAAAUCUUACAACAUAACAUUUACAGAACCAAAAGAGCAAAAAAUUUUGAGGAUAAAUAUACCAAGUGUGAACCAGAAGAAGAAAUCCAAUGGAACAGAUACAAUUCCAAAGAAGUGUAGUAAAACGAGUAUAAAGGUAAGGAAGAACAGAAGGCUCCCGUCGCCUGUUUUGACUAAAAAAGCAUCGCCUCCAACAGAAGUAUCCAAAUGGUCACCAUAUAAUAGGCAUAUGAAAUCGUACUAUGAAGCUUGGCUUAAUUUUGCAUCGAUUGCCAGAAAUUCAUCAAAAUCGUUGGCGAAAGAUGUGGUGAAAUUUCAAAAGGAGUUGGAAAGAUUAGAAAGCCCUGAGCUAGUUUAUGAAAGUUUUACAGAUGAAAAAUUUACUGGUAAAAUUAAAGUGAACCAUAGAUACAUGUUGGUUUCAUUGAUACUAGCGAUAUACCCUCACUUUGCUCGGGUGCCUUUUGUAUUA